AUGGAUCCAAACGGGGCCUCAGCACCAAGCUUAAUAUCUUCACUCGAAGCUAUGAUCCAAGCCUCUGUCACUGCUGUUCUUGACCGUCGUCUCGGUACAGGCGAUACCUUGGAUGCCCAAAUCCAGACCACUGUCUCGGCAGCCCUUGACAAGCGCCUAGGUCCUGCGGUAGGGUCCCUAGGCAAUCGUAUGACAUCGUUGGUCGAACAGCGUCUUGGGAGUGCUAUCAGCACACUGAAUUUUCGGGUCAAUACAUCAGUCACAGCCGCUCUCGAGCAAAGACUUGGUCCCGCUGGCAGUGCUUUGACCGCUCAAAUAACCUUUACUGCAGCUCCUCUUCCAGUCUUGCCCUCUGUGGCCCCGCCCAAAGCUCAAGCGUUGGGCGUGGUAAAUGGGACGAAGGAAAGCAAUGAAACCUGUCCGGCAGAGGAGGAGCUAGGGAAAGCCCAGCCGAUAAGUAAUGGUGCAUCCACAGAGAUAGAGCAGCCUACACCGAAGCAGAGCCAGGGAAACGGUGGACCACCAGAAAAAGAGCGGCCUGCGCAAAAGCUGAGUUCGGCACAGCAACUGUUAGACACUGGGCUAACAGAGAAGGAACAGCAUGCGCAAAGACAGAAUACGGCUGAGCCAAAGGGUUCCAAGACCACGUCUCCAGAAUUGGGGGACGAAUUAUCACUCCCUACAGCAACAUCUGCGGAGAGCAACGAAUCGGCAAGCGCAAGUUAUCCACCUUUCGCCAACGGCUCUUCAAAAAGCAGGGCUGGUCCAAAUGCCGUCCUCGAGGCUGAGCCCAACGCAAAGACGGGAGAGCCGUCCAGCAGCGCAGACAAGACUCCGGCAAAGCGCAAGGCUAACCAAAAAGAUGAAGCAAACAAAGCCGACGAUACAGGCGAACCAGAAUCACCCUCAUCGGAGGAGGAGAGCGACCACGAACAGCCGAAGAGAAAGAGAGCAAAAGUAAAGCUCGACCCACCGGGUUAUACCGAUGGGCCCUCAUUGAAAUUCCGGAGGGUUUCUCCUAAGUUGACUGCGUGUGCCAAGAAUCGUGGUUACCCUCGAGUAAUAGAUCUCAAAGGUUUCACUGAGGCAUCGAACAAACAGAAUCUCACAAUGGCAGACGUUGUUGCAACAGUACUGUUCAACUAUGACCCCUUAAGCUUGUAUGCGUUCAUGGAUAUGGACAGUCACCCAACAUUCCACUUUCUUCGAAAGGAAAGCGACCGAAAGGUCAGAAGCUUGGUUAUCGAGAGGCGCAGAGAGUCAUAUGGAGUUGUUGUGAAGGCCGAUCGUACCAAGUAUCGCUCUGAUGCUAGUCGCAUAUGGGAGACAAAGUACGAAUACAUCAUCCUUUCAGUUGGGAAAUGGGUUGCAUCAAACUAUAUGCAGGAUCCUGUCAUAUCGAACAGCUCGAAGAGAACGAUAGAGCAGUGGGCAACAGAAUUUGGGACAGGGGUCUUCCUUGGAAGGUUAUGGGUGGAGAGUCCCGGUGCAAAGAUUGUAUCUGAUAGAUUGGAGUUACCAUCGAGGGGGGAGGGAAAGACCUGA